UGGGUGGAAAAAAGCAGUUGAUGGCUUUACUUAAAUGCAAUGCUGUUAGGUAUGAAAGCUUUUUCAGCCUGAGAAAGCACUUUUUCGAUGGCACCAACUAACACAUAAUUUUAGAACUCUGUAAAUUCAAUUUAGUGGGGACGCUAAUCAGAAAUGUUUAUGUUGUUCUAUUAUUGAUGGUGGAUUUGGUCGAUUUUCAACAUCUUGUUAGUUUAUUGAAUCAUUGAAGUUGAAUAGUACUGGUCAGCAUUUACAAUUCAUGCAUCUAUGGACCCCGUUUGAGGCUAGUUUGAAUGGUAAGCCAGGUGGAGCAGUUGCUGACGUUGAAUGUAGUGUUUUUUAGAAAAGUUAUUGCGUUUUGACUAGGUUGUUUAAUAAAAUGAUCGUGUGAGUGUUUGAAGAUUAUGCAUUUUGAAAAUGUUGUUGAAUAAGGAUUGUGCAUUGUAUUUGGAAUUUUAGGGAUAUGGGUUGACUGAGACUGGAGGAGGGGCAACAAGGACUCUAGGACCUGAAGAGACUAGCCAGCAUGCUUCUGUUGGCCGCCUGUCUGAAAAUAUGGAAGCUAAAAUUGUUGAUCCUGAAACUGGAGAGGCCUUGGGUCCUGGCCAGAGAGGGGAGCUUUGGUUGCGAGGGCCAACUGUCAUGAAAGGUUAUGUAGGAGAUGAGAAGGCAACUGCGGAAACCUUGCAUCCAGAAGGUUGGUUAAAGACUGGGGAUCUUUGUUAUUUUGACUCGGAUGGGUUCCUUUACAUUGUUGAUAGGCUAAAGGAGUUGAUUAAAUACAAGGCAUUUCAGGUGCCCCCUGCCGAGUUGGAAAAGUUACUUCAGUCUAAUCCUGAAAUUGCUGAUGCUGCUGUGAUUCCGUACCCUGAUGAAGAGGCAGGGCAAAUACCUAUGGCCUAUGUGGUGAGGAAACCAGGAAGCAAUAUUACUGAGGCUCAAAUUAUGGAUUCCAUUGCAAAACAGGUUGCACCAUACAAGAAGAUAAGACGAGUGGCCUUCAUCAGUGCCAUUCCAAAAUCUCCCGCAGGAAAGAUCCUAAGGCGGGAGCUGGUCAAUCAUGCUCUCUCUGGUGCUUCGUCUAAAUUAUGAUCCAUUUAUUGAAAACAAUAAUUGCAUGAAGGCCAGAAUGUCUAGCAGGGAAAUACAGGUCAAAAUUCUAGUCAUCUAUCCAAAGCUAGGAUCAAUCAUCAUCAGCUAGUCAUAGAUCCAGGUUUGACCUGAGGAGAUUUCUGGCGGAGGCUGCUGAUCUCUAUGUUGAAUAUCAUGUUGUCCGAACCCACCUCAGGCCCCAUGAGGUUUUCCAUGCUUGUAAAAUAACAGUUCCACCCCCAGGGUAUUUUUUGACAGACACUUUGCUGUUAAUUCAGACGUCUGAUAAUAAUUUUGAUGUUCAUUGUUCAUGAACCUAUGGUAUACUGUUUUUCAUUUGGGGUAAUAAUAUCUUCCAUUCAGACA